AUGUCCGCGCCCGCCGGGCUGCCGCCGCGGCCCGCAGCCGCCGCCGCCGCGUUUCCCCCGGGCGGGCCCGGCAGCUCCCUGGAGGCCGCGGCCCCUGCGAGCGGCGCGCCGCGCUGCCAGAACGGUCCUAUGCAGAGUCAGAUGCAGUUCCCUUCUGGCUAUGGCUCACAUCUUCCAAACUACAGUGCGCCUUCAGGACACUAUUCCCAAGUGCCCAAUAAAGCUGCUGCUUCACAUCUGGAGAAUCAGUACAGAGCCAGUUACUACCCUGGUUACUACUCAGCACCAGCACCAAAUGCUGUGACAUCUGUGGGUAGCAGCGUGUUGAAUGCACAGGAGUCACAUCAGUUGUACAACAACGCUCCUCCCCAUUCAGGGGGCUCCAGUGACAGACCUGUUCAAGGAGCAGUAUCAUCUGCAUCCUACUUGCAUGUGAGUGCUCAGCAGUCAUAUUCAGCAUUUGAUAAUCACUACAGCACCUCUGUCAGCUCUUCAGUUGCGUCUCAGGGAUUUCCCCUUAAUUCUGAUCACUACGCUAUGCCCGUGGUUUCUGGUGCCAUGUAUCCUAAUGUUUCCUAUCCUCCCGUGGCUGCUGGAGGUGUGUAUGGGCAGACAUUUACCUCUCAGAGUCUACCUGCUGUUGGACAGUUCAAAGAGACAAAUGCAUUUUCUAGCCAGAGUACAUCAGUACCUCAUUCCCUUCAACAGCACCUUCCCGUGGGAUACAAUACAACAUUAUCAACUGUUUCGUCUGCUCAGGCUGUGCAAGACACCCUCAGCAGGAAUCUCACUGGAUCCGUUCCUAAAGUAAACAACCAAAUAAAAACAGGUGGCAUUGAUUCUUCACAGCCCGUGCACUCAGUGAGCCAGAAUGUUCCAUUUACCAAGCCUGGAGCUGCAACAUCUGCUGCCUCUGCUGUGAUGUCGUCAGUACGGUCACCUGCUCCAAGCCUGUCUUCAAAGCCACCAUCUUCACCCUCUGUUACACAGUCACCAGAGCUGGCCCUUCAGGAAGGCAUGCAGUAUGGUGGAUAUGUUAAUAAUCAAGCUAGCUCUGCACCAGCUCCCUUGUCAUCAAGUUCAGAUGAUGAGGAAGAGGAUGAGGAGGAUGAGGAAGCAGCACUUGAUAGUUCCUCUACUACAAGCAGUGCCUCUCCUGUUCUGAACAAUUAUGAUGCUCUGGAAGGAGGUGGCUAUCCAGAGACACGUUCUGUGACUAGCAGCCCAGUUCCCUCUCCAUCAGUCCUGCAAACAUCAAAAGCUUCUAAGCCCUUUGGUUAUGGAUAUCCAGCACUGCAGCCAGGCUACCAAAAUGCAACACCACCUACUCCUGUGCAGCCCAGUAAUCCAGGACACCAUUCUGGUUUUCAGCACUAUGCACAGCAAUAUCCAGGUGUGAACCAGCUGUCCUCUUCCUUAGGAGGAUUAAGUCUACAGCAUUCUCAGCAGCCAGAAAGCUUGAGACCAGUAAACCUUACACACGAUAGAAAUAUUUUACCGGUGUCUUCAGUUCCAGCACCCGUGCCUAACUUGAAUUCUGAUCUUAGGAAAUUAAACUGCAGUCCAGACUCAUUUCGAUGUACACUGACAAAUAUUCCACAGACACAGGCUUUGUUAAACAAAGCUAAACUUCCUUUGGGUUUGUUGCUGCAUCCCUUCAGGGACCUGACGCAAUUGCCAGUAAUAACAUCAAGCACAAUAGUGAGAUGCAGAUCCUGCAGGACUUAUAUCAACCCUUUUGUUUCUUUCAUUGAUCAGAGGCGGUGGAAAUGCAACCUGUGCUAUAGAGUUAAUGAUGUUCCUGAAGAAUUUAUGUAUAAUCCUCUGACACGGUCUUAUGGAGAGCCUCACAAGCGGCCAGAGGUGCAAAAUUCUACAGUGGAAUUCAUUGCUUCUUCAGACUAUAUGCUUCGUCCUCCUCAGCCUGCGGUAUAUUUAUUUGUUUUAGAUGUGUCUCAUAAUGCAGUGGAGGCUGGAUAUUUGACAAUACUCUGCCAGUCAUUGCUGGAAAACCUAGACAAGCUGCCUGGAGAUUCAAGAACAAGAAUAGGAUUCAUAACAUUUGACAGCACUGUUCAGUUUUACAACUUACAAGAAGGUUUAUCACAGCCUCAGAUGCUGAUUGUCUCAGAUAUUGAUGAUAUUUUCUUACCUACACCAGAUAGUUUACUUGUAAAUCUCCAUGAAAGCAAAGAGCUGAUAAAAGAUCUGUUGAAUGCGUUACCAAACAUGUUCACCAAUACAAGAGAGACACACAGUGCGCUGGGCCCUGCUCUUCAGGCUGCAUUUAAGCUGAUGUCUCCAACGGGUGGUCGGAUCUCUGUGUUUCAAACUCAGUUACCAAGUUUGGGAGCAGGGCUACUGCAUUCCAGAGAGGAUCCCAAUCAAAGGUCAAGCACAAAGGUGGUCCAGCAUCUUGGUCCAGCAACAGAUUUUUAUAAGAAGUUGGCACUGGACUGCUCUGGCCAGCAGACUGCUGUGGAUUUAUUUCUCUUAAGUUCACAAUAUUCUGAUCUAGCUUCUCUUGCUUGCAUGUCCAAAUAUUCUGCUGGAUGCAUCUAUUACUAUCCAUCUUUCCAUCGUAGCCAUAAUCCUGCUCAGGCUGAAAAGUUGCAAAAGGACCUGAAAAGAUACCUUACAAGAAAGAUUGGAUUUGAAGCAGUUAUGCGCAUAAGAUGUACAAAAGGUCUUUCAAUACACACUUUCCAUGGGAAUUUUUUUGUACGAUCUACUGAUUUACUGUCCCUUGCCAAUGUCAAUCCUGAUGCUGGAUUUGCAGUGCAAAUGUCUAUAGAGGAAAGUCUGACUGACACAUCUUUGGUUUGUUUUCAAACAGCUCUUUUGUAUACUUCCAGUAAAGGUGAGCGUCGAAUUCGAGUGCACACACUUUGCUUGCCCGUAGUGAGUUCCCUGUCUGAUGUGUAUGCAGGAGCAGAUGUACAGGCAGUUGUGUGCCUCUUAGCAAACAUGGCUGUGGAUCGCUCAGUCUCAUCCAGCCUUGCAGAUGCAAGAGAUGCCUUAGUCAAUGCCGUGGUGGACUCCUUGGCAGCGUACAUGUCAACUGCCUCAAAUCUGCAGCAGUCCAUGCUGAUAGCACCAAAUUCCCUCAAGCUUUUCCCACUCUAUAUUUUAGCUCUUCUCAAACAGAAAGCCUUCAGAACAGGCACAAGUACCCGCUUGGAUGAUCGUGUCUAUGCAAUGUGCCAGAUGAAGAGCCAGCCCCUUGUUCAUUUGAUGAAGAUGAUUCAUCCCAACUUGUACAGAAUAGACAAGUUGACUGAUGAGAGUACAAUACAUGUAAAUGACAGAGUUGUUCCUCAGCCACCCCUUCAGAAGUUGUCUGCAGAGAAGUUGACAAGAGAAGGAGCUUUUCUUAUGGAUUGUGGUUCAAUUUUUUACCUUUGGAUUGGAAAAAACUGUGAUAACAACUUCAUAAAAGAUGUCCUUGGAUACCCGAAUUAUGCAUCAGUGCCACAGAAAAUGACACAGCUUCCUGAGGUGGAUGCACCUUCUUCAGAAAGGACACGAUCUUUUAUAUCUUGGCUUAGAGACAGUAGACCUUUAAGUCCAGUUCUUCAAGUAAUAAAAGAUGAGAACCCUGCCAAAACAGAUUUUUUUCAGCAUUUAAUUGAGGAUCGGACAGAAGCAGCUUUCUCGUAUUAUGAAUUCCUACUUAAUAUUCAACAGCAGAUUUGUAAGUGACCAAGGAAGAGGUAGAGGAAAAAGUCUGACUUCAGACAGAAGCGUGGGCCAAGAGAACCAUAUGGGAAGUUACAGAAAUGGAUGCUUGUUCUUCACAAUAUACAGUGACCAGCACUGUUUUGGAAGCUCUACAGCUAAAGGAGUAUACAUUUCCAAAAGAAUUUUGCAGAUUUCCUUCAGUCUAAAAUGCUACGAGUGAUGAAGCUGUUUCACUAGUAAACUUUAAAAUUGGUUUGUACACGUUUCCAGUUGUGCAGCGGUAUGGUGCUCUGUUUAUUGCAAGCUGGUGAAUUUAUGUAGCUAUGUGGGAUGAUAUUUCUUAACAAAAUGUACAAUUAGGUAAAGCCUUUUUUCUUACAUUUGUUAUAGUAGCCCUUCCAGAUCCAAAUCCUUAACAGAGAUGUCAAAGGGCAGUGAUGUAUGUUGGUUGUUUAUAUGAAUUUCUUUUUAAAAGGAAUGGUUCAUACUUGCUAAAGAUUUCAGCAAAUUCCCUGUGAAAGUUGUAGAGUUUCAGUAAAGUAAAUCAAUUGUAGAAAUAAAAUAUAUAAUGUACAUAGGUAUUACAUUUGUAAAGAAAAUGUAAAAAAUGUAACUAAAAAAAGACCUAGCUCAUUGUGCAGAAUUGUUGAGUGCUCGAUGAUGAUGAAUUGUUCUGUCCCAGGCUAGACAAUGAAGUUGACUAUUAAAACAUGAUAAAAGUAUCAAUGUAGAAGGAAUAUAGCUGCUGCUUCUGUUAAUUUUAGGUGAAUUUAUUUAUGAUUGGCUUACUAAUUAAAAUAUUUUGCUUUAUCAUGUGGUUUUAUAUUUAUGCAACUAUAAUCAUUUUCCAGCUAAACUCUUACCAAACUGAAUAUUGAAGAAAACAUGUUUACCACCUUACUUCACAGACCUAUGGAAGGGAGGAGAAAACACCACAUAACCUGA